GUAAACUAUCACAAUGUCACAUAUUAGACAACAGUUAACAUGACGUCAUAAUCAAAGUCACAUGGUAUAACGUCACAAUCAAACCACGAUCAACCCAUUAAGCAUCACAACGGCAUACAAAGAAGAGUUGGCAGACCAAGGUGAAAUGGAGUCAAAAUCAGAUAUUGGAAACGGUCCAGUUAUCAAUAUGGAACGGGUUCCAAUCACAGAGGGUCAAGAGAUUCAACGUCCAGAUGAAAAGAUAACAAAUAAAAUCAGAGAUGGAGAAAUCCAACGACGGAUUAAGAAUAUCCCCGUAUUGGAGGAAAGAAGACUACUUGCGCUAGAAAGGCACAUCAAGCGUAAACGGAGGAGACGACCGUACGUCAAAAAGAUGAAGAGUUCGGACAAAACGGAGGACCAACUUGGCAAAACCAUGACGGCUACCAAUGAAAAAAUGCCAAAAGACCCUGGGUCGUUUAAUUUUAAGGAUGAGGGUUUACAAGUAUUUGAAGGAAAAGAAAAAGAAGUUCGCAGUCAUAAUGAAGUCGAGGGUACUGAAAUGGUGGUCUUUGAUAAAUAUGAGAAGAAGCAAACUGAUCUACAAGCGACUUAUGAACUGAUCGAGAAUUUUGAAGUUCAGUCAACAAAGAUGGAUGUCGCAAAAUAUCAGCAACAGGAUGUACAGUUUGACAAGUUGAUUGAAUACGUGCUCGACAUAGUAAAAUCAGAAAUAGCGGAUAAAGUUGAAGAAGGAUUAAAGAGCCAGAGCGAAGUUAAACAGUCGGAGGGUGAAGAGGGUCAAAUCGAAAAGGAUGAGGGGACUGGUAUGGAGGUGAAGCAAGAAAGGGGAGAAAAAUUCACUCACAUGAAAGAAGUAAACACUUUACCUCCUGAAUAUGCUCGGCAAGUAAAUGAUGAAGACUCGAAGAAAGAGAAAGAAAAAUGUCAAGAUGAAGGACAUUUGGAGAGAGCAAAGGAGAAUGACAACAAAAUUGUUGAUAUCGGAGAUGAAAUCGCAGAGCAAAGUUCCAAAACAUCAAGUUCUGGAUCAAUGGAGCCCAAGCCAAAAGAUCCUGAAUUGGAAGCCGUCAAAACCAGUCAGCUGAUAAAACAUGAAGUCGAUGAUGGAAAGACUGGUUUCAAUGUAAGAAACAAGCUUGCCCUCGAGGACGAUGAAGAUGAUGAUGAUGAUGGCUUCAUGCCGAGAAAGCUAUUUUUCUUUAGCUUUUCUAAAUUUAAGAAAGAAGAAAUUUCUGCAUAAUGGAAGAAAAAGAUUUAUCAGCAAAAAAUAAAAAACCAACAUUCAACUUCAUCAACCAGUUAAUUUGUGAGAUAUUGCUACGAGUUUUAAAAAAUAAAUCAUGUUCUGUAA